AUGGACACCUCGAAUCCAGACUUGCUAGUCAAGACCCGGUUUCUAGUCAUCUCGGACACCCACGGCGCAAGAUGCUUGCCGGGGAAUAACAGACUCAUCGACCCCGUCGACGUGGCCAUCCACUGCGGCGACCUCACAGAAGAGAGCAAACUGGCCGAGUUCCGCGCAACCCUCGAGCUCAUGAAGACGAUCCAGGCGUCACUGAAGCUCGUCAUCGCCGGGAACCAUGACUGGACGCUCGACACGCCCAUGUUCAAGAAGAAGAUCGCCGAGAUAGCACCCCCGGUCGAUAUGGAGCUGGUCCGGAGGGAAUACGGCGACUUUGGCGAGGCACAACGCAUCCUCCAGGCAUCCGCCAAGAACGAGGACGACGACGAGUCCGGCAUCGUCUUCAUGGACGAGGGCACCCGCACCUUCACCCUCUCCAACGGCGCCUCGCUCACCCUUUUCGCGAGCCCCUGCACGCCUUCGGCAGACGACUGGGGCUUCCAGUACGACGCACGCGGUGGUCACCAAUGGGACAUCGGGAGCGACGUGGACGUUGUCCCGCAGCACUUGCCGUGGGUCGUCGACAUUGAGCUUCCCAGGGCCGCCCGCGAUGCUGCCGCUUGA